CUCUCUUUCUUGGCAGACAGCGGCAGCGGCCGGAGCGGCGCCGGGGCGGCCAUGGCGGACUAUUCCACGGUGCCCCCUCCUGCCGCGGGCGCGCCUGGGGGAGGCGGCGGCGGGGCUGGAGGAGUGAACGAUGCAUUUAAAGACGCGCUGCAGAGGGCUAGGCAGAUUGCAGCGAAAAUUGGAGGCGAUGCUGGCACAGCAAUGAAUUCAAACGACUACGGUUAUGGAGGGCAGAAAAGACCCCUUGAGGAUGGAGAUCAACCAGAUGCUAAGAAAGUUGCUCCCCAGAACGACUCUUUUGGAAAUCAGCUACCACCGAUGCAUCAGCAGCAAAGGUCUGUGAUGACAGAGGAGUACAAAGUUCCAGAUGGGAUGGUUGGAUUCAUAAUUGGCAGAGGUGGAGAGCAGAUCUCACGCAUACAGCAAGAGUCUGGCUGUAAAAUACAGAUUGCACCUGAUAGUGGAGGCUUGCCUGAAAGAUCAUGUAUGCUAACUGGAACACCAGAGUCUGUUCAGUCAGCAAAAAGAUUACUUGAUCAGAUAGUUGAAAAGGGAAGACCUGCACCUGGAUUUCAUCAUGGUGAUGGACCUGGAAAUGCAGUCCAAGAAAUUAUGAUCCCAGCAAGUAAAGCAGGAUUAGUUAUUGGGAAAGGUGGAGAGACAAUUAAACAAUUACAGGAGCGGGCAGGUGUCAAAAUGGUCAUGAUUCAGGAUGGUCCACAGAACACUGGUGCAGACAAGCCCCUUAGGAUAACUGGAGACCCUUACAAAGUUCAGCAAGCCAAGGAAAUGGUGCUGGAGUUAAUUCGCGAUCAAGGUGGCUUUAGAGAGGUGCGCAACGAAUAUGGGUCAAGAAUAGGAGGAAAUGAAGGGAUAGACGUUCCAAUACCACGAUUUGCUGUAGGUAUUGUAAUUGGAAGAAAUGGAGAGAUGAUUAAAAAGAUCCAGAAUGAUGCUGGUGUUAGGAUCCAGUUUAAGCCAGAUGAUGGAACAACUCCAGAUAGAAUAGCCCAGAUCACAGGGCCUCCUGACAGAUGUCAGCAUGCUGCAGAAAUUAUUACAGAUCUCCUUCGCAGUGUUCAGGCUGGUAACCCUGGUGGACCAGGACCUGGUGGUCGAGGAAGGGGUAGAGGCCAAGGCAACUGGAACAUGGGGCCUCCUGGUGGAUUACAGGAGUUCAAUUUUAUUGUCCCUACUGGCAAAACUGGAUUAAUCAUCGGAAAAGGUGGUGAAACUAUUAAAAGUAUAAGCCAACAGUCUGGUGCUAGAAUAGAACUUCAGAGAAAUCCUCCACCAAAUGCUGAUCCAAACAUGAAGAUGUUUACUAUCCGUGGAACACCCCAGCAAAUAGAUUAUGCACGACAACUUAUAGAAGAAAAAAUUGGAGGUCCAGUGAAUCCAUUGGGUCCACCCGUUCCCCAUGGUCCCCAUGGUGUUGUUCCUGGCCCGCAUGGACCUCCUGGGCCACCAGGUCCUGGUGCUCCCAUGGGACCAUAUAAUCCAGCUCCUUAUAACCCAGGCCCUCCUGGUCCUGCACCUCAUGGUCCUCCAGCUCCAUAUGCUCCACAGGGAUGGGGAAAUGCUUAUCCACACUGGCAGCCACCAAACCCACCAGACCCAGGUAAGCCAGGAACAGAUCCCAAUUCAGCAGCGUGGGCAGCUUAUUAUGCUCAUUACUAUCAGCAGCAAGCACAGCCACCACCUGCAGCACCACCUGGUGGACCAGCUACAACCCAAACUAAUGGACAAGGAGAUCAGCCAAACCCAGCACCAGCAGGGCAGGUUGACUAUACCAAGGCCUGGGAGGAGUACUACAAAAAAAUGGGUCAAGCUGUUCCUGCCCCUGCGGGGGCUCCUCCGGGCGGUCAGCCAGAUUACAGCGCGGCGUGGGCUGAGUACUACAGGCAGCAGGCAGCGUACUACGCUCAGACAAGUCCACAGGGAAUGCCACAGCAUCCUCCAGCACCACAGUGCCUUCCCAGACCUUCCACCUUAGGUUCUGCUGCAAAAAAGCAUCAGUGCUGAAGAUGCUGCAAGCACCAAAUCAUAGCUCAUAGAAUCAGGUCCUGAGAUAGUUACUACCAGUAAAGAGGAAUCCUUUGAGUGUAUGCCAUUGGUGAGCCGAUGAGCAUGGACCAUAGAAGGGCUCCAUGUAGAAGGUAAAAUUGGCAAAAGCAUAACAGAUUUGAAAUGUAUCCCAUACAUAAUGAUAUAGGGUAUAAUUUUUGUUUUGAUCACUUCUCAUUCUUUAAAGUAUUCUUUGUUUGACCAUAAAUGUUCCAUAAUCUGUUAAGUUUUUUAAACUGUGAUUUAAUAAUAUAAACCAUCUGUUUUACUUUAUAUUCUUCUAAACAGUCAAGCUAAUUUUUGAACUGAAUUAAUAGUUGUGCUUCAGUUUCUCAAGCCACUUAGUAUUUCAUCUGUAGCUUAACAUGUAACUUCAUUUUUGACAUGAGAAGAGUGUAGAUGUGUACCAUUUGGAUUUUGAUACUGUGGAUUUAGUGUGGGGGUGAGUCAUUUGUUCACUUCCUUUUUACAUGGUACUUUUUCCUUCAACGGUUACUCCUAAAAUAUCUUGAACAGUCUUUCAGUUGUUAAUUAAGCCUAUUGAAGGAGAUAGGGAAGAAAAAGCCAGUGUAUUGGGAUAGUUGCUAAUGUUUGGAAGGUGAGAUGUUCUUGUGUGUAGCAUUUGAGGUGCAUUGGCUUCUAGCUUUCUCACUGCAGGGCUUACAGGAAUGCUGGUUUGUGCAGAGCAUAGUGUUUCUUCUUCAAUUCUUUCUCCAAACUCAGAGUUCCUGGGACAACAGUAGAUUAUUGGAGUUACCUGUGUAGCCAAAAGGAUAACUGGACUUCCUUAGAAAUGCUGUGAACUUGUCCAAAAGGUGUCUUGAAAUGUUUCCUGCUUACCCCACCCUCACUGCUUAGUGUCCUACAAUGAAUGUGAAGAGUAAGAAAAGUUGUAAAAGUAAGCAUAAUGUUCCAAGUAGGAAAAGCAUUUUCAUAUCACUUUCUGCAGCCUAUAGGUUAUUAGGACAUGAAAUGAAAUACCAGGUGGAUACUCUUUAGUGUAGCUGAGGUAUGAGUCAUCUGUUUUGCUUGUCCAGGCAGACAGGAUCACGAUUCACUUGCACAGCCUAUCUUGAAGUAUUUCAUCUUUUUGCUAGUGGUAUUUUAUUGAAUGGUAGAAACUGUUUCUCCCCUGUUCUUUUCCAGAGUAAUUCUUAAGUUUUCCAUUGCAUGCUAAAAGCUUUUCCAUUUUGCUUUUUUACUGGAAGUGGGGGGAGGAAGGGAGGACUGGGCUUUUCAGAAAGCAUACAAUUGACAGGAUUCCCUCUGCCCUAGUAAUAGCAUAUGAAACUCUUGUGUAUGCACAAAUAUUUCUCUUGCGUGCAUGUGAAAUGCCUUUUCGUCCUGAGAAAAGUGUUCUCUGCAGAAACUACCCGUGUGUAAACAGAAGAUUGGCUUUAAAAGGCAACUGUGAUGGGAACAGUGUCUUAGGGAGAUGCAGCUUGGACUUGAGGUAAAUUGAAUGCUUUACAAAAAUGUGGUUUUGAGCUUGCAUUGACACUGUAUGUAAUAUGGGUACACAUUAACUGUAUAAUGGUUUUUGUAUGGUUUUUCUCAAUAAAUGUAAACUGACAAAUAAUAAUAGCAAUGUUUUUGUCUUUUUUAUGCUCCUGUCCCUGCCUUUGCUAAAGGAUGCUCUCUUUAGCUUCAGAGCAAAAAUAUUGUAGCAACCUGUACUUCUGUGAAUGAACACCACCCACAAAAAAUGAAGUAAAAUUGUGGUUAUUAGGGUAAAUUCAAAACACCAUGCAGCUCCUUAACCAUUUCUUAAUGAGGCUGGAGAGUGACUUGCUGCAGGUAACUGUACAGAGAAAGCAGAUUCAGUCACAGGAAAAUUCAUUUUAGAAAUUACCACAUCAAUUUAAUUUCUUGCGGUUUACUUUGCCUUUAUGUCAAGGCCUAUACACAAGGACUUAAAAAUGUGGCUUUUUUUUGUCAAGUUACUCCUCUAGAAGCUUAAUCUGAAUGGUUCAGAUGGAUGUUAGCAGAGUGACAUGAAUGUUGAUGUCAGGAGGUCUUAAAAUAGUACAAUAGCCUUAAGAAAACAAUAUUUAGAGAUGUGGCAAUAAACUUACUGUGUUAAGAUUGAGAAAAUGGGCACUUUAUAUUCUUCUUAAAGCUUGUUUUUUACCAGCUUUAAAUAUGAGUUAAUCAUAGGUGUCACCACCUGCUUCGGUGUUCUUUAAUCAAUAAAAAAAUCACAAGUUUUACAAGCAAGUGUUGUACUACUACAAACCUAAAGGAGAUAGGUUUUUAUUUGAGAUUGUUAGCUGCAUAGGUUGAUCAGAGCAAAACAUUUGCAAUGCAAGCGCAUUUUAAAGCAUAAGUUAUUCUGGAAACAAUGGUGAGCAGUUAUGUCUUCUUUUAUUCUUUAAAAAUUGUACACUUUGGUUUUUGAAAAUCAUGAAUAAGUAUUUCCUUUUCCAGUAGAGUGCCUUUGGCAUAAAGUAAAAUAGCUUAAAAUAUUCAGUGCUCAUGCAAGAUACACCACUUGAGAUACACUACUACACAUGUUUCCAGAUUGUGUAUUCAGCUUUAUUCUGUUACACAAGAGUUGGUCUUCACAUGCUGGAGCACUGUGAUAAUUCAGCUUUUUCCUUCAGUUGAUCUUUCAUACAAUGAUUUUUUAAUCUUAGCCUUUGAUACUGGUUUUUGAGUAGGGAAUUCUCACAAUGUGAAAGGUAUAUUCUUAUCUGAUGCAGGAAUGACAAAUUAAUGCACAUCAUUGCUUUCUUUAGUUGGCCCCAUCAGAGAAAGAGAUGAUGCAGUAAGAGAGUUGAGGGGAAGAAAGAUUCCAGCUAAAGUAGAGCAUUAGUAGUCAUCAGCUAGAAAACAGAAAAAGAAGAGACA